AAAAACGACAUUGACAAACUGUUGGCUGAAAAUGCACGAAAUGAGCAACUUCUGGCAAAAAUUUCGGAUUAUUUCGAGAAGCUUGAUCCGUUAAGUCAAGAAAAGGUGUCUAGCGAAGUGAAACAGCUGUGCCAGGAUCGCGCAAAGCAGCUCAUUGGAAGCAGUGACUUUGAAACACUUAAAAAUGCAUAUGAAGAAUUAGCAUCUUUUGAACUGCUGGCCGCCAACUUCACUCGGCUUGUUGGAAAUUUGAAAAGCGAAUCUCAACGCAGUGAAGCAGAACAGUUGCGCAGACUCUGCCAAAAGGUGUAUGGGACUGAACGCUUUGACCCGGGCGAGCUUACUUCAUGGCUCACCAGUGAUCAGAAACUGGAGCUAGAACACUUGAUCCAGGACCCAGGUGUGAGUGAUGAUGCGGUGUAUGAACGUAUCUUUGAAUUUUAUGAAAAAGCGGAUGAUGAGAAGAAAACUGAUGCACGGAAAGUCAUCGAGUCGGGUUGCAGACGAUUUGUUGAUCGCAUGUUCGGGGAUAAAAUUGCUGCCAAAUUGGAAGAGCGUAGGUUGAGUGGUAAUUAUACGCCUCAGAUGCUUACCGCCGAGUUGGCAGCAUAUGCAGCCGAGAUAAAAGAUGUGAAGAAUCGAAUCAAAGCUGAGUGA